AUGCCGCGUUGCCUGAUCAAAUCGAUGACAAGGUACAGGAAGACCAACAAUUCCUCCGAAGAGACCGAAACACCAUGGAUUCCACCGUCGUCGAACGACGCCAAACGAAAGCACCAGGUGAAAGACAAUUCGUCGAAAUGCAACAACAUUUGGACGUCCUCGAAGCUACCGAUCGUAACACGGUACAGCUUCAACAAAGAGAAUUGCAUGUUAUGGAACAAGGAAUUGACCGGGGGCGUAGACUUAGGCGUCACGUACUUUUCGGAAAUCGAAAACACAUUAUCGUCGUCUGGUAACGUUUCGAUCAAUACCGACCAAAUAAUUCUAAACACGAAAGAUGAGAUGAAACCGCAGAAAGGGCAACUAUCGGUGCCUUUGAACACGAAAAAAUUAAACGACCCGAUAAAUGUAACGAAUAAUGAAAUCAAAGUAGCAGUGGAUUUGAACAGAACGUUCGACGAAGCUGAAAGCCAAGCAUUGUAUUUGACUCCCCCCAGCAAGAAACCUAUCGAUUCUCAGAAUCAAUAUUUCAGCAAUAACAUAAAAACAUCUGGGGUGGAAAAUACUCAGAAUUGGAAACGAAAUAAAACCAUGCAUUACUGCCCUUAUUGUCGCAAAAGUUUCGAUCGUCCGUGGGUGCUAAAGGGUCAUCUACGCCUUCACACUGGCGAACGACCUUUCGAGUGCCCAGUGUGCCAUAAAUCCUUCGCCGAUCGAUCGAAUUUACGUGCACACCAAAGGACACGAAAUCAUCAUCAAUGGCAAUGGCGGUGCGGGGAGUGUUUCAAAGCGUUUUCUCAAAGACGAUAUCUAGAACGACACUGUCCCGAAGCUUGUAGGAAAUACAGAAUAUCACAAAGGAGAGAACAAAACUGUAGUUAG